AGUGAAAGAAAGUCUCGCGAUUUUUUCUUUCUUUAUCUUUCUUUUUUUUUGCUUAGCGACUGACAACAGGCCGGUUGCUCCGAGUAGAAGUCCUUGGUCUUCUUCCAAGAAGAAGUGGCCUGGCCUGAGAUUGAAGUGAGACCCUAGCCCUAGGCUGGGGUUCUUUCCACAUAGAGGAGACGGAUUCAGAGGGGCUACAGACCAAGAUCGUUGAAAACCAGACAUAUGAUGAGCGUCUAGAGAUUAACGACUCUGAAGAGGUUGCGAGUAUUUAUGCUCCAACCACAAGACACAAAGGAGUUCGUCGUUCCACCCGUCUUCCUAACAAGACUAUGGCUGACAACAGCAGUGAGGAGUACGAAGAGGAAAACAACAAGGAGAAAAAGAAGACCUCGCAGCUCACGCCUCAGCGGGGCUUUAGUGAAAACGAUGAUGACGACGACGAUGAUGACUCAUCUGAAACUGAUUCUGAUGAUGACGAUGAUGAUGACGAAGAGCACGGGGCCCCUCUGGAAGGGGCCUAUGAUCCUGCAGAUUAUGAGCAUUUGCCAGUUUCUCCUGAGAUUAAGGAACUCUUCCAGUACAUCAGUAGGUAUACACCUCAGUUGAUUGACCUGGACCACAAACUGAAACCUUUCAUUCCUGAUUUUAUCCCAGCUGUCGGGGAUAUUGAUGCAUUCUUAAAGGUUCCACGUCCUGAUGGAAAGCCUGACAGCCUUGGCCUACUGGUACUGGAUGAGCCUUCUACAAAGCAGUCGGACCCUACAGUGCUCUCACUUUGGUUAACAGAGAAUUCCAAACAACACAACGUCACACAACAUAUGAAAGUAAAGAGCCUGGAAGAUGCAGAAAAGAAUCCCAAAGCCAUUGACACAUGGAUUGAGAGCAUCUCUGAAUUACACCGUUCCAAGCCCCCUGCAACUGUGCACUACACCAGGCCUAUGCCCGAUAUUGACAUGCUGAUGCAGGAAUGGUCUCCAGAGUUUGAAGAGCUUUUGGGAAAGGUGAGCCUGCCCACAGCAGAGAUUGAUUGCAGCCUGGCAGAGUACAUAGACAUGAUCUGUGCCAUCCUAGACAUCCCCAUCUACAAGAGUCGGAUUCAGUCCCUCCAUCUGCUCUUUUCCCUCUACUCGGAAUUCAAGAACUCACAGCAUUUUAAAGCUCUAGCUGAAGGCAAGAAAGCAUUCACCCCUCCAUCCAGCUCCACCUCCCAAGCAGGAGACGCAGAGACAUUAACCUUCAGCUGAGACACCUCCCAUGUCACUCUGUUUCAAGGCUGAGCUGGCUUCUCUGCCCCAUCUGAGAAGGAGGGAUCAUUGUCAGCCACUUGGCGGCCUUGCCUGCCUCACAGCUUGAUUCGGAGACAGCGCACAUCUUACUGCCCUCUGCCAGAAAGCACUGCCCAUGGUCGUUAAAUGGCUAAUGCCUGUGUCAGAGUUCCUUCCCAUGGAAAUUAAUUAUGCAUCUACACCACUGUGGGGAUGUGAGUUAGAAGCACUGGAAUUCCUGGGAUCCCAGGAUGCUCAGGUUGGGAGGAAGGCUUAACAGAUGUUCUUUUGAGAUGACAAUAGAAUUAUUUUCUUUCAUUCUUAAAGUUAGUUGGCAAAGAUUUUACAAAUAAAAUGCUCUUAUCUUUCAGGUUA